AUUCUUCCUCCAGGUCCUAAGAGGGUUAGAGAGUCCUGAGGUCUGCUCUCAGUCUGCAGAGUCACUGCAGCCUGGAUGUGGGCCGGCCUGCUGCUGAAGACUGCUGGCCUCGCCGCCGUCGACGCCACGGAUAUUUCACCCUUUCCCUCACCUCUGUUCCCGCUGAGGACACUAGAGAACACGCUCCGAGUCUCUUAUCAUCCACCACUGAUGAUCUGAGGACGUCAACUUUUCUUCUGUGGUUUGUUUCUGAAAUCUCAAAGUGACAGGAUCUCUUCUUCGUCCUUUUUCUUGUGGGUUUGUCCGUCUUCGCCUUGGUUGCACCCGUCGGACCACACUCAUGGGGAACCACGGCUCGAACCUGGAAGACAUCCUGGCGGAGGAUAUGCACCACUGGUACAACAAGUUCAUGCGAGAGUCUCCGUCAGGCCUCAUCACGCUGUUCGAGCUGAAGGCCAUUCUGGGCCUGAAGGGCAUGAACGAGAACGCCCACAGCUACGUGGACCAGGUGUUCUUCACCUUCGACAUGGACGGGGACGGUUACAUCGACUUUGUGGAAUAUAUCGCCGCCGUCAGUCUGAUGCUGAAAGGAGAAAUCAACCAGAAACUGAAGUGGUACUUCAAACUGUUUGACCAGGACGGCAACGGAAAGAUCGACAAGGACGAACUGGAGACCAUCUUCUCGGCCAUCCAGGACAUCACACGAAACAGAGAUAUCGGCCCAGAAGAGAUCGUCGCGCUCAUAUUUGAGAGGAUAGAUGUGAACGGAGAAGGUGAGUUGACGCUUGAGGAGUUCAUCGAAGGAGCCAGAGGCCACGAGGACAUCAUGGACAUGCUGAAGACCCUGAUGGACCUGACGCCAGUGUUAGUCAUCAUCGUGGAGGGGCGGGAGGGAUGAGAGCGCAGAGCCGGAGCUGCAGAAGGACCACAAAGACUGAAGCAGAACCCCUAUCCCAAAAAAAACCAAUGGACCCUCACCCCUUCGAGAAGAGAAAGACUUGUUUUACCCUCUCUGCUGUUUGCUGGUCUGGACGAGGCAGCAGGAAUCAACAGGUGCUGAAAACAUCAAACAUUUUAGAUGGCCUAGAAUUGGCCGUCCAGACCCCGAACAUCCAACUGCCCCUCGUCCUCAUCGUCUCCAGGUGUCAGGUUGAAAGGGAACAAAGAUAUCCAGACUUUGUGUUCCAUCUGAUCUGUCUUUCAGCUCACAGGUCAGUUCCUUCAAAUUCAGUCAAACACAAAAGACUUUGAGUUCUCGUGGUUAUGAAAGAGUCCAGACACGUUCUGAGCCAUGUGAACAACAUCAAGCAUCAAAAACUGACAAAAAUGGUCCAAAUUAAUAGAAGUUGAAAUCAAAGAAUUUCUCAGAUUUGAUUUUCUUUGAUCUAAUGACUCCAGACUUCAUUGAUACAUAAUCAUUUUUUUUCUGACAGCUUGGUUAUAGACUUUUAACAUUUGAGAAUCUUGGUUUCGUAGAAAAACUUGAUCUUAUUCGUCAAACUAAUCGCCAACUGUGGUUCCAACAUCGAGCACUAGUAUCUUAAAGUUCCUAUCCAGACCCAGCGCGAAUCUUCAGCCUGGGUUUUAGAGAAACCUAUUUAAAAAGGAGCUAUUUGUACGUUUGUAUUAUCGCUACGUAGCUAAUGUUAGCAUUAGCAGCGUUCUACAUACAAAUCUUUCAGAAACAAACAAUAUUCCUAUUUCUGUCUCUGGAUAUAAAAACAACACCAUCAUUA